AUGCCUACUGUUAAAGCGUCCAAGGAUUCAAAGAAUCCAUCAUUGAAGUACUUGAUUGUUAAAUUAAAGGAAAUCCAGUCGUCCUUUUCUGAUGUGUGGGAGUUUGUGGAAACAUUUCAAGAGGAUGCUACUCAUGCACAGAUUUCAGUUCGGCUUUCUGCAAUUGACGAUUUAUGGGAAAGAUUUGGUGAAGUGCUGGUCGAUAUCAAAUCACAUGAAGAUUUCGUGGCUGAUUUAGAGCUUUAUGAUAAGGAACGAAAGGAGUUCAGUGAUCGGUACUAUUUCGCAAAAUCGUUUCUCAUGGACAAGGCUAAGGUUCGUUUGGAGUUUACUGAGCUUGAUCAUUCCGUUCGUGCUGGUGAAUCUAAUAAUCAUGGUGGUUUUGAUCAUGUUAGACUUCCACAGAUCAAGCUGCAGUCUUUCAAUGGAAAUAUUGACGAAUGGCUUGGAUUUCGCGAUCUUUAUAUCUCUCUUAUCCAUUGUAAACCAGAUUUGCCAGAAGUGGAAAAAUUUCACUGCUUGAAAGGUUGUCUCCAAGGUGAACCCAAAUCGUUGAUUGAUCCUCUACAAAUAACAAGAGCUAAUUACGUAGUUGCAUGGGAUAUCCUUUUAAAGCGGUACAACAACAGCAAACAGCUUAAAAAGAGGCAGGUUCAAUCGCUUUUUAAAUUAUCUUCGGUGAACAAGGAAUCCGUAAAUGACCUUCUACAACUAUUGGAAGGGUUUGAGAGAAUAGUCAACACUUUGGAUCAGGUAUUAGAGGCAAAGGACUACAAGGAUCUACUAUUGGUUAACUAUCUCGUGUCUCUUCUAGACCCGGUGACUCGUAGGAGUUGGGAAGAGGAAUCAGCCUCGAAGAAGGAAGACACCUUAGCCGAUUUAACUGAGUUUCUGCACAGACGGGUCCGAGUCUUGGAAGCUCUUCCACCAAAGUUGAGUGAUAGUAAGGGUGUACCUCCACAAAUGUCAGCUAAACAGAGAGUCAGUGUUAGAACAUUUCAUAAUAAUGUUAAUAUGAAUGGGUUUAAAUGUUUUGCCUGUAAUGGUCAGCAUCCCUUGCAUCAGUGUCAGAAAUUUUUAAAAUUGUCUGUGUCGGAAAGAGAUUCGGUUCUAAAAAAUCAUUCUUUAUGCCGGAACUGUUUCAGAACAUCUCAUAUGGCUCGAGAAUGUCAGUCCAAGUUUUCGUGUCGGAAUUGUGGAGGUCGCCAUCAUACUCUGGUGUGUUUUAAGGGCAAGGGCGAAGGCAUUUCGGAAUCUUCAAGGUCAGGUGAAACUAAUAGCACUUCUAAGAGUAAUCAGUUGAGAAGGGAAACAUCUUGUCAGGUUUCUAAUACAGCUUCAUCAUCAUGCUUGACAUCGGGUGUCGAGCGCAAAGCUAAUGGUCGGGUUCUUCUUGCAACUGCCGUGGUUCUCUUAGAAGAUGAAAUGGGAAGCAGAUAUCCAGCUCGAGCGCUGCUUGAUUCAGGGUCAGAAAGCAAUUUCAUGUCAGAAAGGUUGAGUCAGCGUUUGAAGAUGAGUCGGAAAAGGGUAGAUGUAGCGAUACUUGGUAUUGGUCGGACAUCUACCAGGGUUAAAAACAAGGUUCAAGCAGUGGUGCGAUCGAGGGUGAACAAUUACUAUAAGGAAAUGGAGUUUCUGGUUCUACCCAAGGUAACUGUCGAUCUGCCAACUGCAACGGUUUCAACGAACGAAUGGUCAUUCCCAAAUGGUAUUGAGUUGGCUGAUCCAUCAUUUUUUGAGUCAAGGAUGGUGGAUUUGGUGUUGGGAAUCGAGUCGUUCUUUGAUUUCUUCGAAUCGGGAAAACGGAUUUCCAUCGGAGAUCAAUUACCAACGCUUACAGAGUCAGUUUUCGGUUGGGUCGUUUCUGGAGGUUUAUCGCAAGGGACAUCAGCACGGAUUGCUUGUAAUGUUUCAACAACAGAGUCUCUUGAAACGCUUGUCGCUCGGUUUUGGGCUUGUGAGGAGUUAGGUUCGGAAAACUUAUACUCACGAGAGGAAAGGCGUUGCGAGGAAGUUUUCCAGAAAACGAUACAGAGAGACAGCAAUGGAAGGUACACAGUCUCUCUUCCUAAGAACGAGGAGGUUUUCCCUAAUUUAGGCGACUCAAGGGAAAUAGCGUUAAGGCGCUUGGGCGCAACUGAGCGCAGGUUAGCAAGGAAUUCGGAAUUGCGGGAGCUGUAUACCAAGUUCAUGGACGAAUAUAUACAGCUAGGCCACAUGAGAGAAGUGGUCGAAACGUCAGAUACUAACCGCUGUUUUUUGCCACACCAUCCGGUCGAGAAGGAGAGUAGUACGACCACUAAGUUGCGUGUAGUGUUCGACGCCUCAUGCAAAACUACAACAGGAAUUUCACUAAACGACGGAUUAUUAUCAGGUCCAGUAAUCCAGGAUGAUCUUCGGGCAAUUAUACUCCGCUGUCGCAUGUGUCAGAUUAUGGUCGUGGCGGACAUCGAGAAAAUGUUUCGACAAAUAAAUGUAGCACAUGAGGACCGUCCACUUCAGUCAAUCUUAUGGAGGAACUCACCAUCGGAACCAGUUAGAACGUUCGAGCUGAACACGGUAACGUACGGCACCAAACCAGCUCCGUUUUUAGCUACUCGUACCCUGAAGCAGUUGGCAUUAGACGAAGCAGAAAGAUUUCCCCUGGCAUCACGAGUAUUUUUGGAUGAUACGUACAUGGACGAUGUUGUAUCAGGUGCAGACGAUGCAACCGCAGCUCUCAAACUGAGAAUUCAGUUAGAUAAGGCUGCAAAAGCUGGAGGAUUUCGGUUACGAAAAUUCGCAUCAAAUUGUGCAGAAGUCCUACAAGGGCUAUCACAAGACAGUGUAGCUAUUGAAGAGUCUUCAGAUGGAUCGGAGAUAGAUCCUUCGAUGAAGAUACUUGGGCUCACAUGGUUACCGAAAUCUGAUGUCUUCAAGUACAACUUCAACAUCCCUGAUAUUCCAAAUUCCACGGUUUUAACAAAACGCAAGGUGCUGUCGGUAAUUGCAACGCUUUUCGACCCUUUGGGACUUCUCGGUGCUGCAAUAACAACUGCUAAAAUAUUUAUGCAGCAGUUGUGGACGUUACGGAACAGCGACGAUCAAAGGUUGGAUUGGGAUCAGCCAUUGCCUCCAACGGUGGGUGAGGAUUGGCUGAAAUAUUACGAACAACUGGUUUCACUCAACAACGUUCGGAUCGAGCGGUGCAACAUAAUUCCAAAGGCCAUUCACAAGGAAAUUCAUUGUUUUUCGGACGCUUCGGAGAAGGCGUAUGGUGGUUGCGUCUAUUUGAAAAGUGUCAACCCAAAUGGAGAGGUUAAGAUUUGUUUGUUGUCAGCUAAAUCGAGGGUAGCUCCGCUAGCAAGCCAGUCAAUUCCACGUUUAGAAUUGUGUGGGGCUUUGCUUACUGCUGAACUGUUCAAAUUCGUUCAGGAAUCCAUGAAGCUUGAAUGCCCAGUUAUCUUCUGGACAGAUUCCACAUGCGUGUGGCGAUGGUUACAGGCUGUUCCAUCUACUUGGACUACCUAUGUGGCAAAUCGAGUUGCCAAAAUACAACAACUAACGGAAGGUUUCGAAUGGAGACAUGUCCCAGGCGUCGACAACCCGGCAGAUCUGAUUUCUCGGGGCAUUCCACCUGCCGAAAUUGGUCAUACUCGUUUAUGGUGGGAAGGUCCAGCCUGGUUAGCGCUAGAAAGGGAAAACUGGCCAGAACGACCAGAUAAUCACUUAGCAGAGAUGAGCGAGGAGGAGAAGCGUCGAACCACAGUAACAGCAUUGACAACAAACAUUACAGAGCAUGGGUCAGAUUUCAAUCGUUGGUUUUUUAGUUUGUAUUCGGAUUACACUAAAAUGGUCAGAUGUACAGCUUACUUGUUAAGGUUUAUGAAGCUGUUAAGGUCAAAGCGGCAGGUCAAAUUUCAACCUUUUCUACAGGCAGCUGAGAUGGAUGAAGCUGAAAGAGCUUUAGCGAUGUGUGUUCAGAAGGAGUGCUUUGCUGAGGAGUUAAAGGCUUUAGCUAAGGGUGAUUUUGUGUCAAGGCAAUCGAAACUGAGGUGGUUCAAUCCCAAGGUAUUCCCUGAUGGUUUGUUAAGGAUUGGUGGUAGAUUGAGCAAUUCGACCGAGUCAGAAGCAGCAAAACACCCUAUUGUCUUACCUGCACGUCACGAUCUUACUCGACUAAUCCUAGAACACUUUCACCGCCGAUUAUUGCACGCAGGUCCUCAGUUACUUUUAGCUACAGUAAGGUUGAAGUUUUGGCCCUUAGGUGGAAGAGGUGUAGCUCGUCAAGUUGUUCAAAAAUGCCACACAUGCUUCAAGGCUCGCCCGACGCCUAUUCAACAGUUCAUGGCAGAACUGCCGGUUUCACGCGUAACGGUUUCGCGUGCAUUCAGUAAGGCAGGUGUAGAUUAUUUUGGUCCAAUAUACAUUCGCCCAGCUCCCAGACGUCCAGUAGUUAAGGCAUACGUGGCUAUUUUUGUAUGCAUGUCCACUAAAGCAGUACAUCUUGAGCUGGUGUCGGACCUAUCAACCGAAAGAUUUAUACAGGCCUUGCGUAGAUUUGUCGGAAGAAGAGGAAAAUGUGUUGAGCUCUUUUCAGAUAACGGUACGAAUUUUGUCGGAGCUAGAAAUCAAAUGUCAGAAUUGUUAAGUCUGUUGAAGAGUCAGAAUCAUCGAGAAAAGUUGUACAAGGAAUGUGGUAACGAUGGAAUUAAGUGGCAUUUCAAUCCUCCAAGCGCCCCACAUUUUGGUGGUUUGUGGGAGGCAGCGGUGCGUUCCGCUAAAAAACAUAUUUUGAGGGUUAUCGGGGAAAACCCUGUUAGUUCAGAAGAUUUUACGACGCUUCUCGUUCAGGUCGAAGCUUGUUUAAAUUCACGGCCCAUUACACCACUUUCAAACGAUCCUAAUGAUUUGGAACCAUUGACACCAGGUCAUUUUAUUAUCGGAGAGUCUUUACAGUCCAUGCCAGAUAGAACCUACGAACAAAUACCCGAUAACAGACUUGACCAAAUGCAACUGAUGCAGAAAAAUAUUCAGUUGAUUUGGAAACGCUGGCAUAGGGAAUAUUUAUGUCAACUUCAAGCAAGAACGAAAAGAUGGAAACCUUCAGUGUUUGUUGAAAUUGGUAGACUGGUUAUCAUCAAAGAUGAAAAUACUCCCCCAUGUAGAUGGAAAAUGGGCAGAGUUGUAGAGCUUCACCCAGGACAGGAUGGUAUAACCCGUGUGGUAACACUGAAAACGGAGUCUGGGUUGAAAAAACGACCGGUUGAAAAAUUGUGUUUGCUACCAAUGUCAGAUUCUAUUGAGAUUACAGAUCAGAAUGCGUCAGAAAUACAGUCGGAAUGA